AUGAGAAGGCUUGGUGUGGAGACUUUGGAGGCCACCACUUUGUGGCUUGGAGGAAAACCAGAAAGUGGAUCCUACCACCAUCACCUAGUGGAAUACUUGGGUUGGACUCAAGUUGCACUCCAAGGACAAAAUCCUUAUGCAAAACUUUAUGGAGAUCACUGUUAUCGUAAAGGCAAAUCGGGCCACAAAUCCAACGAUUGUCCAAAUCGUCGGCAAGUUAACCUAGCUGAAGCAUAUGAAGAUGACAAUGAGGAUCAUGGUGCCGAUGAAGAGUAUGUUGGAGCUGAUUUCGCCUAUGACGAAGGCGACGAAUACAAGUUCGAGGUUCUAUGUGAUAUUAUUAAUAUGGAUGCUAGGCACAUUUUUUUGGGAAGACCUUGGCAGUUUGAUACAGAUGCUACUCAUAAGGGACGCGAUAACCUGUAUGUUUUCAAUUUGGGCUCUCACAAAAUUGUCAUGGCUCCUGUAAAUGACUCAGGCAAGCCUAAGAAACUAGCUGCGAAUUCCAGUUUCCUCACCAUAACUAGCAAUGAAUGUGAUUGCUUAGAAGCCACUAAAGAUGCAGAAACAAUUUAUCUCGUGGUGAUGAAAAGGUUGUUAGCUGUUGUACUUGAGAAAGUUGAAAUCCCAAAUGAAGCGCGGAAAAUCUUGCAGGGGUUCAAGAAGUUGAUUGACGACGACCUACUCAACCAGCUGCCUCCCAUUUGGGAUAUCCAACAUCAUAUUGAUUUGGUGCAUGUAGCAAAUCUCCCCAAUCUGCCCCAUUAUCGAAUGAGUCCUAAGGAGAAUGACAUUCUACAGAAGAAGAUAGAAGAGUUGCUACAAAAAGGGUUUAUCCGUGAGAGCAUGAGUCCUUGUGCAGCCCCAAUAUUUUUGGUGCUCAAGAAAGAUAAAACAAGGCAUAUGUGUUGA